CUGACGCUGUAGUUGCUCACAAUGGCGCGGUUGUUUUGGAACAUUCUACUCGCGCUCACCAUUCCUGCCCGAACCGAAACUGACAAGCGCGAUGGGCUAGUGGAUCAAGCUCCAGACACCACAAACGUGCUAGCAGCGUUGCAAUCGUUGGAGAAAAAGCUGACGAAUCUGCACACCGACUUUCGUAAAAUCGUCGAUGAGAAUCGAGCAAUACAGAAGCAGCUUCUGGAGCAGGCGAAAGACCUGCCAUGGCAGCUCGCCAUCCUACAAGCGCAGCUCCCGCAACAGUGCCGAGCGAUCGCGAAAAACUUCUCCGAAGCUACCGGCGAGCGUCUGGAUCGGUUCGAACACACUAUCCUCGCGAAGGAAGACCACAUCCACGACAUGGAGCACCUGUACAUGGAGACGAAAGUGAUGCGUUCGUGCAAAGAGCUGACGAACAGAAGGGUGUCGGGAAAACAGAUGCUCCGGGCACAUUUCGACAGUGCACCGUUCGUGGGCUACUGCAUUGGUAACAGGUUUGACGGAGGUUGGUUAGCGAUCCAACGGAGAUUAAACGGUUCGCUCAACUUCAACCGUAACUGGACGGAGUACCGAGAUGGGUUCGGUUAUCCGGAUGGCAAUUUUUGGAUCGGUUUGGAGCGGUUGCACCAACUGACAUCGGUACGGCCCUGGGAGCUUGCGGUAGAUCUACAUGACUACAACGGUAUCUACAAGUACGCACGCUACUCUACGUUCGCCAUCGGUAGCGAGGACGAGCAGUAUCGGCUGACUCUCGGCAAAUAUAGCGGUACCGCUGGUGAUGGGCUUUGGCACCACAGAGGUAUGAAGUUUUCGACACCCGAUCGGGAUAACGAUCAAAUGAAGGAUCUACAUUGUGCGCGAGAAUGGCACGGAGGUUGGUGGUUCAAUUCGUGCCUUAGCUCGUUUCUGAACGGACCUUAUCGGGACAGUGGUACCACGUUAAUGCGGAAAAUUACCUGGCAUACUUUCAAUAACGAUUGGCGUGGUUUCAAGAUUGUUAAUAUGUAUAUACGCCCUUUAGAUUGAGUCGAGGAUAUAUGAUAACAAAAACUGAUUGACUGAUUGAUGGAAUUGAAAGCAAAUCAAGAUAUCCAUUACUGUUCAUAUCAGCAGCAGAUGUAGUAGAGGAGCUUUUCAAAUGGUAAUUGUGCCCUUAAUGAAAGAAUAGUCAAGUAUUUGAUACAGAGAAUCUCAACGACGCAUCGAAUCCGCAAUCAUUA